AUGUAUAGUGAAAUCAUUGAAGACCUAGAAUAUGCAGUAGAACGCACAAAUUUCUCAGAAGAAUGCAUCGAUCUCCUUAACUUCACCACGGGCACUUUCUACGACGCUCUGGGAAACAACGAAAUGGGAGAUCGGUAUGCUGAAUUACUUAAUGACAGAUACAGAAAGCUGGCACCCGAGGAAAGGCAAUGCUUUGUAAUCGCUCAAUACUUGGAGCUGAUUAAAUGUAGCAGAAAUCUGAGUGAUAAAAGAGCAGCUAAAAUUAUCGGAGAGUUUUUGGCCCCACCACCACUGCACUAUGGACAACACGUAGAGCAUCCAAUCUUUUCUUCUGCAUUAAAAAUUCAGGAAGAUCCAUCUGAUAAGAUUUUGGUGGCAGCAAGAGAUAUCUCUAUUGGAGACGUUCUUUGCGUUGAAAAUCCAAUAAGCUAUGGAAUGUUCAUGUGCACUGACAUAGAUUGGUCCUCUGGAGGAAAUGCAUGGUUGUAUUGCACCGAGUGCUUCAAAAUGUGUUUCUGUUUAAGACCUUGCAGCAAAUGUUCAUGGAUAAAUUAUUGCAGUGAUCAGUGCGAGAAAGCAGCUUGGGACAAAUACCACAAAGAUGAAUGUGCUAACAUGAGUAAGUUCAUGAUGACAGACGAGUGUGUGUCAAAAAAUGAGAAAUUCUUCAGCCAAACAUUUCCAUUCUUUUUCUCUUCAAAAGUUUUGGCAAUGGUUGACUACAAAGCAGAUCCAAGCUCUGCUUCACCUGAAAUCAAAGACCUUUUUGACUUUCGUCACAAAUUUGAUGUUUCCUCAGAUGCAUACAUUGCACUUUUUAAAAGCCCAUUGGUUUUCAACACCUUGGCAAUGGUAUCUGCUGGUUUUUCCAAGAGCACGGCUUGUAUGGAGAAAUUCGUAAAUUUCUUGAUGGACGAGGCAUUGCCCAAAGCUUACGCACUCCUGGAGGAAUGCGUCACGCCUGUUUAUUUCCAUGAUAGCGGAGUGAUUUCCGUUGAAAAGCGCGGCUGGGGUAUUUACAAGAGUUCGUCGUUUUUUGAAAAGGCUUGUGAUGGCAAUGUGCUGAGCACUUUUUACCAGAAAACCAGGGUCAUCAGAGCUGUGAACCCUAUCAAAAAAGGAGAGAAGUUGACUAUGAGGCCUAAUUGGAGAGGUUUUAAAUGGGAAGAGAGGAAGAUGCUGAAACAGAUUUACUCAAGAAAGUGUGAAUGCGAUAAUGAACCACCUUAUACAGAGAACUUCAUCCCUAAGGAGCUUAUGUUGGAUGAAAACUUGCCGUUGACAGAUGAAUUUAACAAAUUUUUAACUGAUUCUCUUCUAACACAAGGAUUUUCACAAUCAGGACUCAAUGAGGAAAACUUUGAAAUGCUCAUUAAAGUAUCAGAGCUUUUCGUGGGGAGAGGACAGCGGGAAUAUGUUGCGCUGCGUGAACUGGUCGGUCGAUUCAUUGAGAUUUAUUUCCACGCUCAAACCACGAGGUUUUAUCCAUCAACUGGCAUGCUCGACAAGACAAAAUGCUUUUACUACGUGGCUCCAAACAAUCAUCUGGAGGAUAAAACAAAUUUACUAACUUUCAACUCUGUCCUACUAGUUAAAGAAUCUUUGGAACUAAUGAAGAAGGCACGCAACUAA